UGAAAAUAGAACAGACUGAGCCCUAAAAUUUGGUCUAUUUUUUAAUUAUUAUUUUACUUAUUUGAUCUAUUCUAUUUAGCUGCGUCAACUCAAAGCUCAGAUGAAUCUGAGUCUGUCCGACGGAUUCUAAUUUCGCUGGAAGAUGAGUUUCUGUGAUCUCUUCCUGGGAUCGAGAAUUGCUACAAUUUCUAGAGAUUUGAUUUCCGCGGAUCUAAAUAGAAGAGUUUGUUGAAGUUGAAUUGUAAUGGAUAAAAAUAUAAUUCUAGCAGUGUUUUUAUUGUUUUUCGUUGUUGCUGAUGUUUCCAAUGCUAAAUUUCGCCACUUAGCUGCGGUCGAUCCGAACAAUAAUUCAGCUACAACUCAGGUUUCGGGUGCUAAUAAACCGGUUGAAGCUGGGAAUAAGAAGAAGCCAGAGGCAGUGGGCAGUUCAUCACAGUUGGAUUCAAAAGAGUUGAAUAAAAGGGAUUUGGUGAGUCCACCUCCCCCUAAUGAAACAACUGAUAAUAGUAAAAGUUCUAAUACUGCGGAUUCAGUGAAUCCAAAUGUCCAAAACAAAACUAGUGAUAACCCAAAUGGUUCCAAUAAUACGGAUAAUUCUAAGAAUUCUAAUGUAAAGGAUUCUUCAAUGAGUCAUCCUGAUAAGGAAAAGAGUAUGAACAAUUCUAGUGAUACGGCUGUGAGUACUCAAGUUAAAGGAACGGACAAUGGGAAGAAUGGGGGAAUGGAUCGUGAGAAGAAUGGAGGAACAGAUAACAGGAAGAAGGAUGGAACAGAUAGUAGUAAGGAUGUAACAGAUAACGGGAAGAAGGAUGGAACAGAUGGUGGUAAGGACGUAACAGACAGUGGGAAGAAGGAUGAAACAGAUAGUGGCAAGAAGGACGGAACAGAUAGUGGCAAGAAGGGUGGAACAGAUAGUGGCAAGAAGGACGGAACAGAUAGUGGGAAGGAGGGAACCGAUAGUGGGAAGGACGAAACAGAUAGUGGGAAGAAGGACAAAACGAAAGAGAAUAAUAAUGAGGAUAAAAGGGAUUCAGAGUCUGGGGUUGAUGAAACUUGUUUGGGGUUACCUAACCGGUGCAGUGACAUGUCUGGCCUGAUCGCCUGUAUUAAGAGUUUUGACACUGGGUCCAGAAAUUGGACUGUUCUUGUCCAAAAUGAAGGAGAAAAGACUUUGAGAGUGAAUCUUACUGUCCCGACAGCUGCUGAAAAUCCUCUGAAACAACUAGAAAUAUCCAAACACAAAACUGAAAAGAUAAUUAUCUCAUCAGCUGUUGGCAAGAGCAACAAAGUGAUAUUUAAUACUAGAUCCGGAGAAUGCGUGCUUCACAUGAACUCUGUUAAGUCUGGAGAAAAGUUUUUCGUGUACCUCCCUUCGUAUGAGAACCUAUUGAGCCCCAUCAAUGGUGCCUACUUCCUGAUAUUGUCUGUUCUAAUUUUGGGAGGGACAUGGGCUUGCUGCAAGUUGAGGAAGAGGAGACGGCAUGAUGGAGUCCCUUAUCAAGAACUUGAAAUGGGAUUGCCUGAAUCUGCUUCAGCUACCAAUGUGGAAACGGCAGAAGGUUGGGAUGAAGUGUGGGAUGACGACUGGGACGACAAUAAUGCAGUCAAGUCUCCUGCGGCACCACAUAUGGGAAACAUUUCAGCCAACGGUCUUACUUCUAGGUCUACAACCAAAGAUGGUUGGGAACAUGACUGGGAUGAUUAGAAUUUAACAUCAGAAGACUGAUAUAUGAGAUAUCAACCAGGCAAGUCGCCGACAAGGAGAAGGAAAAGAAAGAUAUACAGAAAAUUAGGAGAAGAAACAUAGAAUGUAAAUCAUUCACAAAAGUAGUGAGUCCUGCAAAGUGGUCCUAUCCAUAAGGCGCUUUUAACUCCUGCACUUUGUAAUUGUUAUUGGCUCUGUUUGUUCUUGUACAAUAAUUAAUGGCCAUCUCUCUACUGGUGGUUCUUUUUUGAGUUUUUACCAUAUUGUUAUAUGGGCAAAUAUUUUAGAGGCAGAUAUUGUAUUUUUUUUUUUUAAUAUAAAUUUUUUUAUUCGUAA